UACCGGAAGCGCGGUUGUCUCGCGGCAGCAGGCACAUCGGCCGUCAUGUCGUCGCGGUUUACAGAUGUGGAGUUCCAGAGCGCGUGGGGGGAGCUGGAUGAGCCGCAGCUGGAGGGGGGGUGGGAGCUCUUCGUGGAGACGAUGGGGGUCACCAUCUACCGGCUCUUCGACAAGGGAUCUCAACUUUAUGAGUACAAAGUCUUCGGCGUGAUCGCCACCAGCACACAGCUGUGUGCAGAUGUCUACAUGGACUUGGCCUAUCGGAAACAUUGGGAUAAAUAUGUGAAAGAACUCUACGAGAAGGACUUCAGCGGACAGAGUGCGAUCUACUGGGUGGUCAAAUACCCGUUUCCUCUGUCCAACAGAGACUACGUGUACGUGAGGGAGCGCAGAGACCUGGACGUGGACGGCAGGAGGAUCAGCGUGAUCCUGGCCCGCAGCGCGCCCGAGGUUCCGUGCGCCGAGGUGAGCGGCGUGCUGCGCGUGAAGGACUACAAGCAGAGCGUCGCCAUGGAGAGCGACGGGGGCUCCGGCACGAAAAUUUUCAUGAAUUACUUCGAUAACCCCGGGGGCAGCAUCCCCUCCUGGCUGGUGAACUGGGCCGCGGGGACCGGCGUUCCAGGUUUCUUGACAGAGAUGCAGAAGGCCUGCAGCAAAUACAGCAGCUACUGCGAGAAGAAGUAACCCUCCGUGCUGUGUGAGCUCGCUCCUCCCCUCCGUAGAGGGAGGGGUACCUGGGGGGGGGGGCAUGGAGCAGGCUGCUACUUUGUCCUUGUAGCACGCCGUUGACUCAGGCAUGACGUGCAUGACGGGACACCAGGCUGGUGCGGAAGCAAUUCGGUUUCAUUGUACCGUAUCAAUCAAUGCUAGCGUCUCUUUUUGUCUUGAGCCUUUUAUUUUUAAAAUACAAAUCAAUUCAUAUAUUAUUACGUCACAACAAUGAUUAGUUUUAAAAAAAACAACUGGGGUUCUAUUUUCUAAGUCUGAUUGAAAUUGUCUUCUCUGAGUGCUACAACAAACACUGAGACCUGACAAAAUAAAUGUAUAUACUUAUACCAAUUUCCACACAUUAAAGAGAAGAAAGUAAAUCAAUUUAAAUAAAUGUUGUCGGUUUCAAAUUAACCGAGCAGAGAAAAGUGUUUACAUCAAACAUCAUUGUCCACAUUAUUUUUUCCUCACUUGCCUCUCAGGGCUUUCAUAUCAUUGAGUGAUGUCAUAGACUUUCAUGUGUGCUACUGUAUGUUUCGAUCACUGGAAUCUUCCUCACUGUGCAUUUCAAUUCACACAAUGAAUUAGUUAGUUUGAAUUAAGUGAACAUGACAAAUCUGUACUUGGAGAGGAAUGUUGCCCGAUGAAUUUCUUAUGAUCAAUUCUCAUGCGUUCAUUUUGCAAAGAUCGCUUUAUGAUACUCUAUGCUGAUUUAUUAUGGGUGAAAAUGGUGCAGUUUAUCUGAGAAUGUACUAUAUUGAUUCAGGCUAUAAAUGUUGAUUCAGGAGAAUGUGGUUUACUUAGUUGUGAUAAAAAAAAAUAUUACUGUGUAAUAUUCCUGUGUUACUGAAAAUAAUAAACUUUCAUUUUACA